CGUCCGACAAAUCGACUUGUUUCUGAUUCCCCAUCAUCGAGCCUCUCCUAGGCCUGGCUUGACCACCUCUCCAUACUCGCUUCUGAUGCGAUGCUGGCCUCAUCUACACCACCCCGGACAGCCAGGAAUCCUCCCCGGCCGACUUGCGUGGUUCGAUAAGAACCUUCCCUCGGAGAUGAACCCGAUGCCAUCCUUACGCUCUCCUAGGAUGUGUCAUGACAAGAGCGAGGUCCUUGGGCAUCUAUAACCCCUGUCUUGGCACCGGCAGCUCGUUCUAGCUCCUUUCAUACCCCUUGCCUCUUUCUUCCGUGAGGCGCCCGCCGGCCGUUCUCUCCUUCCGUACAGCGUCAGAUCGUCUCGCUCUCGCCCCGACGAACACGAUGCACCACCUCAGCCUGCUGCCCCUGGUGUUCUUCUGCAUCGCGGCCUGCGCGGCCGCGUGCCUCCCCCGGAGAUGCAUCGUCGCCGCGUCCCGCGAGACCACGUCGGACGCGGCCGCCAUCGCCGACGCCUUCGCAAGGUGCGCCAGCGACGCCGAGAUCAUCUUCCCCGCCGGCGCCGAGUACAGGGCGUACGAGCCCGUUGUCGCCACCAAGCUGAGCAACGUCGUCAUCACCGUCGACGGCAACCUGAGCCUGCCGCGCGACAUCCCCGCCCUGCAGAAACUCGUCGAGGUCAAGGGCGGCCGUCUCACGUGGUUCCGGCUGGGCGGCACCAAUGUGCAGUGGAUCGGCUCGUCCGAGCCCGACGCCGGCUGGAUCAAGUCGUACGGCCAGGCGUGGUGGGACCUCAACAGGCCCGGCGAGGCCGGCACGCCCAACAGCCCGCACCUGAUGCAGUUCAACAUCACCAACGGCGUGAUGCGGAACGCCAAGUCCAUGAAGCCCAUCGGCUGGAGCUUCUCGAUCGAGGGCAGCAACAUCUCCAUCUCGGACGCCGUUGUCGACGCCCGGUCCGAGGAGGGCGGCGGCUUCCCCUUCAACACGGACGGGUUCGGCGUCGGCGCGACCGACGUCACCAUCACGAACAGCAGGAUCCUCAACGGCGACGGCGCAAGGAAUGUGCUGUUCAAGCAGGCGACCAUCGGCUUCCAGACGCACGGCAUGAGCGUCGGCUCGCUGGGCUCCGACGCCUCGGCCUCGGCCGACGUGCAGAAUAUCCGCUUCGAAGACGUCACCGUCCAGGGCGGCUUGUACGCCGCCCGUUUCAAGAGCUGGAUCAGAGGAAAGGGACUGGCGAGGAACAUUACGUGGAGCAACAUCCGCGUCGACAACGUCACCUUCCCCAUAUUCGUUACACAAACCUACUACAACCAGGCAAGCCCGGGCUGUAGCAGGUCGAGCAGCUCGUCCGUCAUGAUGGAGGAUUUCACCUGGGAGCACUUCUCGGGCAACAUCAACACCUACAACCCCGGCGAUGGAUCCUGCACCACUAACCCUUACUGGUACAAUUCGGGUCUCGUGAAUCUUACACACACGGAAGCCGUCGUCAUUGGAUGCAGUGAUGGGAAGUCUUGCAGGGGCUUCCAGACGAGGAACAUCAGGAUUGAUCCGCAGAGUAGGACAGUGCCAAAAGUCAUCUGCAUGAAUGCGGCUCCCGAUCUGAACCCCAACUUGGGAUUCGAGUGCGCCAAUGGCACGUAUUACAUCAUUUCGCGCUGAUGGCUGUCUGGUGGUAUAGCGUGGAUUCCAGCGCAGUAACAUAGAGCUCGUCAUAGUCAAGUGGUAUUC